AUGGAACAAAAGGAUGCAGGUGCAACUCAGGAGCAAUCCAUACAACACACAGCAGGGACAAACAAUGACACCCAAGGGUCCUUAUUGCAACUGGUAGCACCUUUUAUCGAAUCGGCUCCGCCUGGCAAGUUAAAAGAGGUUGUGUUUCACCUAAAGAGUCUUUUACUGAGGCUUCUGGCGGUGCGAAACCACGGAGCGCCGCCGCACAGCCAAAUCCCAGCCAAUGAGCUUCACAACUUUCUUCAAAGCUGCAUUCCUGCACUUUGCCUCCGCCGUAUUCUUCAGAAAGAUGGAAGCAUUGCUUCUCUCGCUACCACUAAGUUACCCCAGUUUCGGGAUCAGCUUUCGCAAAGCACCACGAAUACAAGGGACGACGGUAAGGUGAGCAGUGGCCUUGCACAGCGAAGGAUUCAUUUAGUGCUUAGCCACACUAAUCAUCUCUUGUCUUGGGUAAUAAAAGUGAAUAGCGCGAAAAGCGUUGAUGGGAGCGGAUAUGUGUGCGAUGCGGAGCAGGUUUCUCGUGGAAGCGCGUCGUCAUGGCAUCAGCAGAGGUCAAUGCUGAGUGCCAGUCUUUCGGACCUCACUGCUUCGUUACCUCCUGGGAUAGCGGCCUUACCUUCCUAUGGUGUUGACAUCAAAAACGAGAACAUGUUUCCGUGGCUUAGUGAUCAUACGGAGACUUCCCAUAGUACCGUCGAGAACAGCUUUUUAUCAGCUGCGGCGACUGAAACCGGGCGACGAGGUAGAAAAAAUAGGUUCUGUAGUAGCUUUGAGGGGGAUGCCAAUACUAUAGCCAUCUUGAGUGACUUGAAGAAAUUUUUUAGCCACGUCCCGUCUAUAUUUCUAGCGGGAGGAAAUGAGGAUCCUGAGGUGAGGAAUACAAAAGACAAUUCUGGUUCCGCACAAGAACAUGGCCCUAGUUCAGGGGAUGAAGAGGCUGAGGUAGAGGAGGAAGAGGAUUUAUUCCGUGACCUGUAUGCAGUGAGUUAUGGGUUUGAUCGUCUCGAGAACGUUUUUUUUGAUCUUUAUUGGGGGCUUUAUGUGGAAAUAGAUGUUGUCGUGGGCCGUUGCAUUCGUGUGAUUUCCUUUAGUGCAGUUGACGAAGCCAUUUCAUCGGCUCAGGACUUACCAACAUCUUUAUUUUAUUUGUUUCACCAAGAGCUCAAACUGCAGCGUCAACCUGAGGGCAAGGACACCGCCAAGGAGGCUGUUGGAGCUACAGAACACGUGAAUUCAGCAGAAGGUGCUCUUUCUGGAGCUGCAGACCGUAGUAACGAGCUUGGGGUCAAUAUCCCACUGUUUGAUACUCUCUUUUCCGGGGUGCGGAAGAGGCUGGAAACAGAGCUUCAAGCUCAAUUCCAAUCUUUCGAGGAUAACAGUGUUGCGACCUAUGUGGGAGUCAAGGGAUUAGAUAAAGAGGAGAAUCUGAGCAACCUUUUGAAGGAAUAUCGUGAGAAAUGGUCUGCCGCGGGCGUGGCAAAGAUGAGGGAAAAUGACGCAGGUGCGCCAGAUCCGCCGCUCGCUUGGCGAGUGGCGGAUCGCAUGGCCAUGGGUGCGGCGAGCGCCUUCACUGCCGUGGUGUGGCUGCGCGGAUUUCUUGUUAACAGUAGGGUGGAUCUCUUACCAGGAGAACACAUGGAAGCUGAACCGCCGGUUGCACCCAAAGUUGCGAAUCCCGAACCCAUCAUUGCCUUGGAUCCCUCGCCGCGCGAUCUGAAUAGUAGCACGCAGCCGGAUAAACCAUCGGUAUUGCCCUCAACACUUUCUGUUACAUAUUCCAAAUCACGGGGUGCGCCUGUGCGGGGUUGGUGUAGUAUGUGGACCUCACGCUAUGAGCUUUGUCGUGCGGAGCAGCGGCACGGUGGAGUGGAUUUAGCUUCACCGAAGGACUUUUCUCUCCAUAAGCCGUGCGGCGCGGAGGUAAUUUCAGACGAUAGCCCUCAAUGCCAUCGCAGGGCUUUGCCUCUGGGCGUCGCCGACGCCCCUGAUGCGCCCUCGUCGACACCUCCAGGCAACGACGGCAAGGCGCUUAAACAAACAAACAACAUGACUGAUGAUGGCGGCCCAUCCUUGGAAUCCUACAAGUCGCCGUUUGAUGUGACCACGCGCGAAGCCUGCUCGUUUAUCAUUUCCGCAACGAGUGAGGUGUGGUUGUUUCACGAACCGGCUGCGGGUGGCGGCACUGACAACACGCGCUCGGAUUUCAUUCAUUCUUCCUCCGAGGCGGGGUGUGGUGGUGCCUGGGGCAUUCACAACCAGGAAACUUCCGCUGCGUUUCCUGCUACCCCUGGGGGUAUGCAUCAGCGGUGGGUUGUGCGCUGCCCAAUGGAGGGGUUACCGACGGCGAGUGUUAAUGUAGACGUGGUCACCGACGCGGUGCUUGCUCGAAUCAGCAAGCACGAACAGAUGGUUCGAGAUUCGAUUAUACGUGUCUGUAACAGAAUUCUACGGCCAAAGCGGUUGAUAGGGAUAUGCUAUCCGCAUCAGGAAGCGAAGUCCCCAUUGUCAUCCUUGCUACCACAAUGCAUUCCAUUCUUGGCUUCCAAAACAAACUUUGAUCCACUGCGAUACGAUGAGAGUAUUUUGUGCGUUCCUUUCCCUACCCCUUCACAGGAGGAAUCCUGA